CGAAGUGCUGGCGCGUACGGUUCACAGAGACAGAGCAGAGCCAGAGGCAGAGGCAGAGCAUAGCUCUCGGGACGGACUCCAUAUCCAUUCCAAAACCGCAUCUCCAGCAACGAGCAACGAGCAGCAGCAGCAGCAACAGGCCAAACAGUCCUUGGUUGGCGCGCUACCUACUAUCAACCGACAGCAGCUUCCAGCAGUAGCAGCAGAAGGGCGUACGCUUGUGCCUGAGAGAGCGUAGAGCGCAGACCCGGCGUUGACCAGAGACGGUCGUGCAGCGAUCGCAGCAAUCAAGCCGUACAAGCCAAGUUCCCGGACUCCAGGAUCGGAUUAGGAUCCACCACCACUACCCUCCGAAACGCCCCGGAACCACCACAAACCAACCAGACACAACAACACACAGGAUGAAGCUGUUACUGAUGACGGCAGUGCUAUGCGGUGCCCUGGCGAUCGCCCUGGGCGUGCCGGUACCGGCGGCCAACCCCGAACCGGAACCGGUCGCCGCAGCCAACCCGGAGCCGGCGGCAAAACCAAAGACAGACAUCGAGCUGAUGAAGAUUCCACUCAACGAUGAUCAGGAACUGGACGUCAUCACGCUGGUAAACUCCGAGGAUCAGCGCAUCAACGAGCGGAACAAGCGGACCAUCGGCAUCCUGCGCGAGCUCUUCCCAUCGAUCUCUCAGAUCACCACCAACGAGGAUGUCAACACGCUCGAUACGCUCGAUCUGGCCGGGCUGAGCGAUACGCUGAAUGCGAUCCGGGUGGCGCGCGCCACCGCCGAGGAGAAGGCCGCCUCGUCCAACGACCAGAACGCCGCCGAAUCGUCGGCCAACAGCUCGAGCCUGGACGAGCUGACGCUCGAUUCCGACGGUGCCGAUGAGGAUCGCAAUAAGAGAUUCCUGUCCUUCGGUGGCAGCAGCGGCGGCGGCGGCGGUGGCUCCGGAAACUUCCUGUUCGACAUCAUUCGUCUUGUGUCGGGCAGCUCGGGUACGGAGCAGAGCGACGAGAAGGCCCACUCGCCGGACGAUCACGAUCUCGGCAAGGGUGACGGCUACACCGAGGGCAUCCCCGGACCGGUGACCCGCCUGUUCGUGCUCGCCAACCGUGGUCUGUCGAACCUGAUCCAGGAUCUGAUUCUGCCAAGCCUGCUUAGCGCUAGUAUGCCCGCCGUGCUGUCACCAGUAGCCCUCCCGAACAUGACAGCCCUGCUGGCGCUCAUGCCAUCCCUGCUGCCGACCAGCCCCACGGUCGGUGACACGGUCGGCGUCGGGAACCUGACCCAACAGCAGCUGGAAGCGGAACUGACGAACAUUGUCCAGCCGGCGCUGCCGGCGAUCGCAUCGCCACCACCGGAGAUCGGGGAGGCACUCGGUAGCUUCAUAACGGCUCUCGCUCCUCCUCCUCUGCCGCCACCACCACCACCACCGACUACCGGCGCACCGAAAGCCGCACCGAAACCCGGUAGCAACCAGACGACCGCGGCCAAACCAGCGGACACACCCGAGCGCAUGUCGCUGCUGCCGUUCUCCUUCUUCUGAGGUUUCCUGCCAGGCACCAGCCGUCGGGUCGUCUUCAGGCUGCACAUACCGCGCGCGCACACACACACUCACGCUCACAUACACCCCCAACAGCGGGCACAUCGGUUCCUGGGUUUUUGGUUUUGCUCCCUAAAAAAAAGCGCAAAAAAACAAACAGAAGAUUGUUACAUUGGAGAAGAAGAAAAACAAAUUCGGUUGAGGUAUACACACACACACACAAACACACACACACACGUUCGCACACACACAUCCACAGACCUACACAGUUUAUCUAGGGGUUAAAAGCUGCUAUGGGGUACACUUCGAUACUUACUCUCCAUGUAGCUGGUACAAUGGCGUACUGGCCGGUCAAAACCUGGGAUCACACCUACCAACCUACCUACCUACCUACCUACCUAGCCUCGUUUCCUACCUAGUAGAGUGUCGUGCCGGCCUCGAAAACGCUCGCCAACGCCCAACGCUCCACAUUUGCUCAAUAUUUGCUAGACACAGAACUAGACCUAGAGUUGCCUUGCCUCCCACAUCUUCGUAACCCUUUCCCCUCCCUUCUGCUACUCUCUCCCGCGCCCCUACUCCCCAAAUCAAUGCUUGCGUUCACGUUCACGUAGUAAUAGUGCAUCAUCCGGUCACCGAUCGCCGUUCCAUCUCUCUCCAAACCGUUACGUUACGCCAUUAGCGUGCGAUCCUCGUCUAAUGCAGCGCCCUGCACUACUCGCACGCAGCUGCUCGGUAGACAGUCCGAACCGGGAACCACCGACCAGGCGGACGUCGAGUCCGGCGAUUGCGAACCCCUGGAAGAGCCCCGGGCGACUGGCGAGGGUGCAACCGCAGCCGCAGUCGCAGCCGAAGACGAUGAAUAAUGGUGACUUGAACCAGGAACCCUUUCCUUCCCUUCCAUUUCAUAAUUUUGCAUCUCUUUUUCUUCUUCUUAUUCUUCUUUUUCUUCUAUUAUCACUAUCACUACU